AUGAAGCUCAUUGGAUUUGGUUUGCUAUUACUGUCUUUGGCUACUUUGGUGGCACCGAAGGAAAUUUCUGGUGUUUUCACUUCCUUUGAUUCAUUAAAAUGGAACGAAGAUCUGAAUGAUUUUAGAGGUCCAGCUAGUCCUACUUGGAAAGCAACAUUGGGAUGGUCUUUGGAUGGUACUAAGGUCAAUCCAGGUGAUACAUUCACCUUGAUUAUGCCUUGUGUUUUUAAAUUUAUCACUGAACAGACUACUAUUGAUUUAACAGCAAACGGUGUGAACUAUGCUACAUGUACCUUUCAUGCUGGUGAAGAAUUUACUGCAUUUUCAAGUGUUGGAUGUGUUGUUAAGGACGCUUUGAAAUCUAACAUCCAGGCCUUUGGUACUGUUACAAUUCCAUUUACUUUCAAUGUUGGUGGCACUGGUACUUCUGUCAGUUUGCAAGAUUCUACUUGUUUUACUACUGGUGAUAAUAUUGUCACUUUCCAAGAUGGUGAUAACAAACUUUCGAUUACUGCCAAUUUCGAACCUACAGGUGCUUCUAGAAGCGAUUUAAUUGCCAAUGCCAGAUCAAUUCCAUCACUUGAGAAAAUGACCCACCUUGUCAUUGCUCCUGAUUGUCCAAGUGGUUUUAAAAGUGGUACUAUAUCUUUGAAUACAAAUAAUGGUGCUGAUAUUGACUGUGCCCAGGUACAUGUUGGUAUGACUAAUUUUAUUAAUCCGUGGAACUACCCAACUAAUUCCGAACAGAAUUUCUCAAAACAACCAACCUGUAAUGAAGGAAGUUUCACUCUUUCAUUUGAAAGUGUUCCUGCCGGUUUCAGACCAUUCUUUGAUGUUAUGGUUACUCCUAAAGGGAAAAUGGGUUUUGACUACAAGUAUAGUGUUGUCUGUGCAGAUGGUGAAUCUCUUGAGCAUCCUACUCACUAUGACUGGGGUACUUAUAACACUCAAACAGCCGAUAGUAAUGGGGCUAUUUUAGUUAUCACUACAAGAACCGGUACACAAUCAACUACUAGUGUUACUACUUUACCUUUUGAUCCAAGUAAAGAUCAUACUAAAACAGUCGAAGUUAUUGAACCAAUUCCAACAACAACAAUCACAACUUCAUAUGUCGGUGUCACUACUUCCUAUACCACCAUUACAGGUACAAUUGGUGGAACUGCUACCGUUAUUGUUGAUGAACCGUAUCAUACCACAACCACCGUUUACACAUCUUGGACUGGUGAAGGAACCACAUUAUAUACUGUUACCGCUUCAACUGAUUCAGUAGACACUGUGUAUGUUGAAACCCCCGUACCAAAUCCAACUGUUACUACCACUGAAUAUGGCUCUGUUUCUGCUGCUACUACCUACACCGAAACUGCUACUCACGGUGGUACCGACACUGUUCACAUCAUUGAACCAAUCAACCCAAUUGUUACUACCACUGAGUAUGGUUCUGUUUCUGCUGCAACCACCAUCACCUACACCAACCCACCAGGUGAAACUGACACUGUUUUGGUCAUCGACCCAUUGAACCCAACUGUUACUACCACUGAGUACGGUUCUGUUUCUGCUGCAACCACCAUCACCUACACAAUACCCACCAGGUGA